AGCCUAGAAAUGUUCUGAAAGAGGGAAGUUGCCUACCUUCCGUCCCUAUCUUUCCCCACUGGGACACCAAAAGCCACCACCUGGUGUAGGCAAGGGGCUUUCCGAUCGAAACCUAGGGAUUGGCACUGCAUUUUUUCCUUCAUUCUCUUAUGCCCGGUGCUCAGCUGACAAGAUUUUCCUUCCACUCCUCCCCCACAAAUGGAUGACAUGGAGGACGACGCCCGGUAUCCACCAAAUCCCUACCCCCAAAUUAAUCGUCGCCCCUUUCCUUCCUCCAAUUACUCCAGUCUACACGCUCGCAAUAACUCUUACCCAUCGCAAAUACCUCGCUCCUUCCCCGAUGAUUAUGUCGAUGAAGACGAAGAGGAGGAAAGGAAUGACGUUGAUUUGGCCGUGAAUGAUGCUGAAGAAGAAGAAGAAGAAGAGCUAGAAGAUGAAGAAGAUGAGGUUAGUGCCGGAAGAGGUUAUCUCCGGACGAGGAACGAGGCCAACAACGAGGAGGAUGACGUUGACGAGUCAUCUGAGAGCCUCGGAAAGCGGCGUAGGCUCGAUCGGUACGCGCGAGGCUUUGAGUUGGUUCCCCGCUCUGUAGCUUCUCCUGCUUCGAAGCCGUUGCAGUGUCGAAAUUCUUCUGCGGAUUGGUCGGAGGACUCUACUUUCGCUCUUCUGGAUGCGUGGGGAGAUCGAUACCUGCAGAACGGUCGGAAGAGUCUUCGCUCAGACGAAUGGGGUGAGGUCGCGAAGAAGGUUUCCCAGGGUUCUAAGACUCCUAGAUCCGAAGCUCAGUGUAGAAACCGUCUGGAUACUUUGAAGAAGAAGUAUAAGAAGGAGAAGGCUAAACACCCUGAUUACUCUGGCUUAAGCAGCAAGUGGGUUUAUUUCCAGAAAAUGGAUGAGCUUAUGUUAUCACCUCCCCCACAACCCCCUGCAGCCCGGCAGCAUUCUCAAUCGCCUAGGCUCUCCUGCGGUAUUGAUGCUGGAGAGUAUGUCUUUGCAAACUCUAAGCCUUAUUUGAAUCAUUCUGAUGGUCUGGAUGAGGUAAGGGAUAGCCCGAGUGAUACUGCCUCAGAGGGGGAGGGUGAGGACGUGGAUGAUGAGUCUGAUGGACUUCCACCGAGGAGAGAGAAGGUUGGAGAUUGCUCGGAGUCUUCUUUCAAGAUGCUUGCUGAUUCAAUCCAGAAGUUUGGUGCAAUUUAUGAGAAAAUUGAGAGUAGCAAGAGGCAGCAGAUAGCAGAGCUAGAAAAGAUGAGGAAGGAGUUCCACAGGGAUCUUGAAUUGCAGAAGAGACAGAUUUUGGAUAGGGCACAGGCUGAGAUUUCUAGGCUAAGACAGGAAGAUGGGGAGGGGGAAGAUGAUGAGGAUGGCGAUGGUGAUGAUGAUGAUAUUGAUGUUUCCGCAGAGAACAUGAGCGGGUGAGCCUUUAGGCAUUUUCGGUGCUUUGAAUGCGUCGGUGAAGUUUGGUCUACAAACAAGCAAUGUUUUAAGUGACUUUGGGAGUGCUCAAUGCUUUCCAACUUUGACUUGCAUGAUGUCACAUUCAUCGUUCACCGGUACCAUCACAUUUGCUCGAUUCUACUUGCAGAAGAUAUACGAGCUCACUAGCCUCGCUGAUUUGACUAAUGGAAUGUAUUUGGUGGUCGACACAAGUCUGUGUAUUUUUUUUCCCUUUCUUUUUAUUUUCUUUGAGCAAGUUUUAUGGGACAAUUUUCUUAAGUGUUUUGUUAAAGCGAGUUCCUUUAGCCUA